CGCGGCCCCCUUCGACGUCACGUGCACGUCAUCACGCACACCCGGAAAUGUAGUUCCCCUACAUCGGAAGCGAUCGUUGUGGCGGAGGUCAGAGGUCAUGAUCCUCCACAAUGAACCCGGUCCGCAAACGCCUCAGACUCAGCCCGUCCGCUCAGCUGCUCUCCCAUGAUGCUUUGCUGCUGCCGCCUGAGGAGGAGGAGGAGGAGGAGGAGGAGGAAGGUUACCUGCUGGUGGAGGAAGAUACCACUGACUCCAGCCUCGUCAUCACCAUGGAGGACAGCCAGCUGGAGGUGAAGGCGGCGAGGAGGAGAGCAGUGAGUAAGAGGAGGGGCAAAGUGCCUGAGGAGGAGGAGGAGCAGAGGGGCGGGGCCUCAGAGAGCGACGAGAGGGAGCAGACGGGGGUUGAGGUGGAGAUUGACAGACAGCUCGACCAAUCGCUGGAGACAAAGUCUAAACAACACAACCUGACCACAGUGAACGUCCGCAACAUCCUCCACGAAGUGAUCACUAACGAACAUGUGGUGGCCAUGAUGAAAGCUGCCAUCAACGAGACUGAGGCCAUCCCUCCCUUUGAGCCAAAGAUGACUCGGUCCAGGUUCAAGGAAGUUGUGGAGAAAGGAGUGGUGAUUCCAGCCUGGAACAUUUCUCCCAUCAAGAAGACCAGUGACGUCAACAAGGCUCCUCAGUUCAUGGACAUCCCCCUGGCUGAGGAAGACUCCUCCGAUGAAGAGUAUCGUCCUGACGAGGAGGACGAGGAUGAGACGGCUGAAGACACGUUCCAGGAGAGCGACAUGGAGAGCUCAGCCUCGUCUCCCAGAGGAAGUCGACUGAGCCGGGUGGAGGAGGACAGCUGCAGCCCCUGGCAGAUUCCUCGGAGCCGAUCCAGGAACUUGAGGGUGAGGUCUGUCUCAAUGGGCCCGCCCCCUCCUCCCAAAGCCCCGCCUCCCAAAGCAGUACCUGACUGCAGCUUUCUGGAGAAACUUCAUGCUGUGGAGGAGGAGCUGGCGGUUUGUAUGGAGCCGUACCAGCCUCUGGCGGAGUCGGAGGACGAAGCGGGUCUGAUGGCGUACCGGACUCGGUCCAAGCGUCCCCUGCGCGACGUCCCACUGGGCCGGCUGGAGGCGGAGCUCCGAGCUCCUGACAUCACACCUGACAUGUACGACUCCAGCUCCGCCCAUGAAGACAGGGACUGGACUGAUUGGCUGAGAGGCCUGAUGACCACAGAGAUGGACAAUGAAGAGGAGUGUGAUGAUGAUGAUGAUCCAGAGUAUAACUUCCUGGCGGACGUCGAUGAACCUGACCAGGAGGAUUACCGUGACGACAAGGCUGUCCGCAUCACCAAGAAGGAGGUGAACGAGCUGAUGGAGGAGCUGUUUGAAACGUUAAAAGAAGAUCUUGCGGGACAGGAAGUGGACGAUGAAGGCCAUGAGGAGGAGGAGGAGCCACAGGAGGAAACACUCGCUGAUCAGACACACACAGCUCAGGAGCAGCACGACACAGAGCUGGGCGAUGACGAAGAGGAGGAAGGACCAAUUGCAGAGCUGCGUACUGUGAAGCAGCAGCUGUCUUGGAUCAGGAAGAGACGGCAGACACACACACUGUGCAACACACACACACACUGUCCUGAGCCGCACACACUGAAGCUGGACAGGAAACAGAAGAGCAGACUGCAGCAGCAGCUCCAGCAGCAUGUCCAGCUGCUGACUCAGAUUCACCUGUUGAGUUCACCUGUGGCCAAACUUCACAGCGAGGCCGAGACCACCAGACAGUUCCUGGUGGAGCUGGAUGUGCUGGCUCAGAGGUCCGAGCUGCUCAUGUCUUCGUCUUGUCCUGGUUUCUUCAGCCUCUUCCGGUCGUCCAACCUACAGGGGGCGCUGCAGCUGCUGGAGGAGCUGCGACUGACUCCCAUCAGCUACCGGUCGCAGCUCCGCCCACCGGACGCGAGAGGAUACAUGCGUUGUUUCCCCGUCAUGCCGGCGGAACUGUCCUGGCUCUUUGCCACUCGUCCUGUCUUCCUCUACCCAGAGCUGCUGCCCUGUGCCAGUCUGGACCCGGACCUGUACUGCCCACGCAGGACGGCAGCCUUCACUGCAGCUGAGGACUGCCUCCUGGUUCUGGGCCUCAGGAACAUGGAGGGGUCAUGUGACCCGACUAAGUUGGUGUCUCAGUUCCUGUUGAGGAAGACUCUGGUGCAGGUCAGACGAAGAGUCCUGCAGUGCUGCAGACCUGGUUUCCCUGACAACAUCGUCAAGGUGUUCAGGUACCAGCGGGUGUUGUGGUCUAUGCCAGUGGCCUGCCACCCUGUCGAUCCAGCAGAGCGACGCCCCCCUGUGGAGAGAGAGGAGAGCGUCAUGCCUCUAUGGCUGGUGAGGAGUCUUCCUGUCAUCUACCCGACCAUUAGACAGUAUAAUGCUCCUCCUGGCUCCGCCCCCGAGACCCCGCCCACCUGCAGGGGGGGUCGACAGCGUCAGAGUCACCUGACCUUCCUCCGCUCUGCCUCCAGCAGCUACAGCUUCCCCCCGGGGACGACAUAUCCCCCCCGCCUGCCCAAAGACCUCGAUUUCAGACGCAUCGGCUUCGUCCUGCUGCUGCAGCCCCUCCCACCUCCGCCCGCUGACUUCGCCCCCCUACCUGCUGGACAGGUGUGCCCCCCCUCCCCCGGCACCCCCCAGGGUCUCGGCCCCUCACGAGCCCUCAGCCGACUCCUCCUGACCCGGGCUGACAGCCCAACUGACAUCAUCACUACCUCCCCUGUCUCCAUGGCAACCACAGAGCAAAUCAGACGCCACUACCAGACCCUGGCAGGCCUGAGGAGGAGGAGGACACAGAAACCCACCCUGAUCAGAAGAGGAGGAGCAACGACUGAUGUGGAGGCUCUUGCUCCUCCUUCUCCCCCUGUAGACCCCGCCCCCUCUCUGCUGGGGGUAGAGGAGGACGACGAUGAUAAUGUCAUUGGGACGAAUGAGGAGGAAGAGGAAGAAGAGGAGAGCGACGUCUUCCUGGCCCUGUCGGAAUCAUCAUGCAGCAUUGCAGGGAGUGUCACCCAUGAUGACGACCUGGCCGACCCGGAAGAGGCGGAAUCAGAGAGCAAAAGGGACGUGACUCCAACAGCAGACAAGGAAGAAGAAGACGGUGGUGAUGAUGAUGAUGAUGAAGGAGGGAGUGUGUCCGUCCGCCCGAUGCAAGAAAAGGUGUGGUCGGGAGGAACUGAGGAGGAGGAGGAUGAAGGUGAUGAGAGACGGUCGGAGGACGAGGCGUUCGCUCAGGAUUAUCUCCACAGAGUGUGUGAGGUCGUGCAGGUGUGUCCCAGCCGCUCCAAGCAGCUGCUCCAGGAGCUGAACCACUUUUCCUCGGCAGGGCCCCUGGAGGCCUCGGGGGCCCCGGAGCGUCUGUACGACGGACUGAUCUGCGUGUUGCGGCCCUGGCCUCAGCUGCUCAGAGACUUUGCUGCUUUCCUGAACCGGGACCAGGCCCGGUGCUGUGGACUGCUGUUGGAGCAGCAGCUGUUUGAACGCAGCCGACGUUUUCUACGGCAACUGGGGCAGAGCCUGGGAGAAAGCUCCGCCCUCUACCAACAGGUGGUGUCAGUGCUGCAGGGAAGCCCCUCCCCCCCUCCCGCAGACAUGGACACGAUCUCGGCUCUGCUCGGUAAACAUCCUGAGCUGCAGGAGCUUUUCCAGCAGUUUCACGGCCAGUCGUCGCCCGACGCAACCAGCUCCUCCGAGGCCACAAAGACGGACUCUGUUUCACAGAAUCCUUCUGACGGGAACAGGACGGGGGUCGACCGUCUGACAUCUGAAGAGAGCGAGACAGGAAGUGACGGAAAGGAAGAGGAGGAGCGACCGGUUUGUGCCAGAAACAUCUCGGUGACCUCGACCGGAAAGAAGGUCGUCAUCUGGACCCGGGAGGCGGACCGCGCCAUCCUGACAGCCUGUCAGCAGAGUGGAGCCAAUAGGAAAACCUUCAGACAGGUGUCCGCCCAACUGGGAAACAAGACAACCCAACAGGUGAGUCUGCGUUUCCACGACCUGAUGAAUCUUUUCCAGUCUGCGUCGCAGAGUUCGACCUCCUGUUCCACCGAGGGCCAGCCAAUCAGCAGACAGGAAGCAGCCCCCGACUAGGGGCUGGGCCGAUCAAGGAUGAAUCUGCGAUCUACCAGAAAGUGGAUUUCAGAGCCUGAUCCAGAUCCACUUAUUAAGAACAGAAGAUCAGAACUGAUUGAAACUCUUGGCUCCAGAAACAUCGACCUCAAAUCAGUUUUAUUGACGCUAGAUCUUAACAGCAUGAUACUAAUAGGACACACAGCGACUGUUUCAAGAACACAUUUAAAGUUAUACUAGAGUUCCAGAAGGUUCCAGACUUGGAAGCAGCUAAUGUAAAUACGAAAAGGACAAAAGUGUUAAAUAUCAACAACUGUACUUUUCUCUAGAUGUGACUCUAGAAGUCUUCUGUGACAUCACCUGAACAGAUUUGUUUCCGAGUCAAGAAACGGCUCUAGAACUCAAAGGAUUUUUAGAUUCACACGAUUCAAAUCAUCAGUUUUAUUCUAGAACUCAAACAGAAUGAUUCUAGAGUUCAGACGGCUUCACUGUGUUCAUCAGCUGUUCCAGACUUCGCUAAAAGAAACGUUUGUAAAAUUAAUUCUGGAGUUUUUCGUUUCCCCAGGAGGUUUGACUCUUGAGCCCAUUUAUAUAUGAACGUCUGAACUUCCUUAGAACCUCUUCCUUAGAAGAGUAUGUUCUUCGUUCAGGAAAGGGGAUUCUAGAAUUCUCUGGAACAGAUCAGUUUCAUUGAUCCAGGGUUCGAUUGUGAUGCGAAAAGAUUCUGAACUCCAGAGGAACUUCUCGAUCUUCUAUCUUUGUCCAUGAACUCCAGACAGCGUGAAGACCAAUGAGAGCAGACUUUAACCCCAGCUGCCUGCGUUAUUUUUUCAUAUAUGAUCUCAUUAUUUAUUUAGAAUCGGCACUGACCUCACCGACACUCCGCCUGCUGGCAGGGUGUCUGGAGGGCGGGGCCUCUGUGAGCCACAGCGAGGUCAGACCUGAAACAAGAAGGAAAUACUGAAAAAGCUCAGACCAUGCCCACGACCUUGUCACCGUGACAACACAUCUCCACUUCCAGGUGCUGAUCACAUCUGUAUCAUCAGGGACAGAGACGACUUUGCUGCAGCUUCAGAACCUGGUUCUAAUAUUGGGAGUUUUUUAUUUUUAUUAAUGCUUCAAACAUUAAAAGUAAUACAUUGUU